AUGGCGUCUGGCAUGGGUGUGGACGAGAACUGCGUCUCGCGGUUCAACGAAUUGAAGAUCCGCAAGACGCUGAAAUGGAUCGUCUACAAGAUCGACAGCACCAAGAUCGUUGUCGAGAAGGAAGGAAAGGGCGAUGCGUCGGAGUUCAAGUCCGCUCUGCCCAAGGAUGACUGCCGCUUCGGCGUGUAUGACUGCGGCAACAAGAUCCAGUUCGUUCUCUGGUGCCCCGACAACGCUCCCGUCAAGCCGAGAAUGACCUACGCCUCUUCCAAGGACGCGCUGCUGAAGAAGUUGGAUGGAGCGACUGCUGUCGCGUUGGAAGCCCACGAGCCGAGCGACCUCGACUCCCUUUCGUGA